UAAUAUUUUUUUAUGUCACUUAAGUUGUUUUUACUGGAGUCAUAGUCUCCUUGUGGUGAUUGCUCUGGGAUAUAUUUUUAAUUAGCAAACCACAGGUAGUUAUACAGGGCAGGUUUUUGCAAUGUAAGCUAGGCUGUAACAUCGUAUAUUACAGAACUGUCAAAAGGAGGUCAAAGGACGACACACAUUUCUGCAGGCAGGCAGACAUUGUUUAUAAUUAUUUUCGGAUCAAAGUAGAGAAAAGUGGUUUGUGUAAAACGCUGAUAGCAAGAGCCAUGCAGUGAAAAUCUACGGGUAGUUUGUCUUGAGCCCUAUAGCUUUGUUAUGGCUUCUUCUGUUAGCUUCUCAUUACUGUCACCUGCCAGACUCUGUCGAAGUCUGUGUUCAAAAGCAAGCUGGGCGCUCUCCGCAAAAGGCUUUGAUCGAAGGAGUUGGUGUCCAAGUGAGGGUGCAGCAGUUCUGUCCAGACAAGCAUGGUCUCCCUGCUGGAAUGGUGCCCAGUGGUUUUUCUCCCAUUGUGGCGGUUCGUCAGACAAGCAGCAGACCCUGGAGGACAUCGCUAAGAGCAUCCGGGAGCAGCAGUUCAAGAGGAUUGUGGUGAUGGCUGGAGCUGGGAUCAGCACUCCCAGUGGCAUCCCAGAUUUCAGGUCUCCAGGCAGUGGUCUCUAUGACAACCUGCAGCAGUAUGACCUGCCUUAUGCCGAGGCCAUAUUUGAGAUUGGCUAUUUCCACCAUAACCCAAAUCCCUUCUUCGCUCUGGCAAAAGAGCUGUAUCCAGGAAACUACCGUCCCAAUUUGACACAUUACUUUGUAUGUCUGCUUCACAAGAAGGGUCAGCUGCUCCGGAUGUACACACAGAACAUUGACGGGCUGGAAAGAUUGGCAGGGAUUCCUCCAGAGAUGCUGGUGGAGGCCCACGGUACAUUUGCCACUGCCACCUGCACCGUGUGCCUGAGGAAAUAUGACGGCGAGGACCUCCGACCAGACGUGAUGAGUGGGACGGUACCCAAGUGUCCCACUUGUAAGGGCAUGGUAAAGCCUGACAUCGUGUUUUUUGGGGAGGAGCUUCCACGGCACUUCUUCAAGUAUCUUACAGAUUUCCCACUGGCAGACCUGCUGAUCAUCAUGGGCACUUCACUGGAGGUGGAGCCUUUUGCCAGUCUGGCUGGAGCCGUUCGCAGCUCUGUCCCACGUCUGCUCAUCAACAGGGACGUGGUGGGGCCGUUCACCUGGAGCCGCCGGCCUCAAGACAUCGUGCAGCUAGGUGAUGUGGUGAGCGGUGUGCAAGCCCUGGUUGAUGCUCUCGGCUGGACUCCGGAGCUCGACACUCUGAUGGCGGGCAGCGUUGAAAAAGGUGCAGCAAAAAAAGAAGAGUGAUGUGAUUUCACUACAUCAAGGAGUGACUUUCCAUCAAACACAAACUACAGAAUGAAAUCCAGAAGAAUUUAUUACUCUGUGUUUUAGUGAGAUUCCUCAUGUUUUAAAAACUGGCAUCAGUGGAAUAUAAUCGAUGAUCAUUCAAAUAUAAGUAAAAUGGUGUGUGCUUUGUGAGCCAUCAAAAUGAAAUGAAGUGUGUGUAGUAGAGUUCAGUCUGCAGCUGAUUGGCCAUGUUGAACCUAUAUCUGUAUAGUACACAGUAUUACACAGGACAUUUUAUGUAGUAGUCACUGGUGGCCUUUGUAUGAAAAAAAACAGCUUUUGUUUUUUAAUCCACAAAAUCAGUGAUAUAGUACUUUAGUAAUAUGAUCUUUGUUUAUUUUAUUUAAAAAUGCACAAUGUACCUUAACAUGAUAGCCUGGGUCCAUCAUGUAAAUGUGCCAGGUUUAUUUUCAUCUUCUGUCAGGUUAAUGGCACAAAAAUCUAAGUAUGUGCUGCAGUGAAAAAGGCUCUAAAUCCCAAAUUUAGCUGAUCACCACCUUCGGCACACGCUGAAUGUUAGUCUCUUAAAACCUGAUGUGAAAAACUGCAUUGAAGAAAAGCUCACAAAUAUGGAGUUAUAAAGAUGCAAGGAAGUCUGUGUAAAAUGGGAAUUAAAGGGCAUUAUGGCAUCUAUUUUCAUAGACCGAUUAAUCCACAGAUUUUGAUAAGAAGCUUGUGUGUCUGUGUGUGUUGAUGGUAACAGUUGAUGGACACCAUUGGAGCUCUAUGUCAGUGAAAUAUCUCAGGUUCUGUUACACUAUAUAUCAUCGUUAUAUUUGCUUGUUGGUGAUAUUACGAAAAAUGAGGGAGAUUGUAUCCUGCAGAGAAACUGGGACCCUCACAUGAAAACAGUUGUUAAACAGCAGAGGGAGCCAGAGAACAGCUUACAGUCAACAUACUCAUGUUUGAAUGCUGAGUUCCUGUUAAGUGCUGUAAGAAUCACAAUAACUGCAGCUAAAAAUAAAUUCAGGAUACUGGCAAAAAUGCCUGGUCAUAAAAGCAGAGCUGGACUAUCUUUAUGUUUAAAAUAUAAUUUAUCCUUAAUAACAUUUUGCAGCUGAAAUGGAGUUAUGAGACAAAUGAAAAGUCCAAGAUACUGAGUUUGAAGUGUUUGACUCCUGUGAUCAGUGCAGUUUCUCCUUUUCUACAGAUGUAUUUACUCAUCACUGCUCUGUGCACACUGACUCAUGAGUAGUAGAUGUUUGUUACAUAAAAUUUUAGGUUAUUUUUAAGGAAUAAUCUGUGAA